AUGCGUUAUAGUCGGCUGGCAUCGAGCCACGAAGAAGCCGACGAGUAUUCACGUCUUCUACCAAUGCCUGAUUCUGAGAUUGGCAUCGAGGGAUCGGACGACGUCUAUCUGCUGCCCUCCGUCUCAUCGACGUCCUCGUCCACGUUCAGCAUGACACGCUAUGUGGACCUUGGAUCCUACAGUAGUCCUCCUAGUGAACAGAUUCACAUGGUCCAAAAGCAUGGUCUGAAAGCGAAUUUUCAUUAA